CCGGGAACCAGCCAAUCAGAAGUCUCAAGCUGUUGUAAAUAAACUGCUGCUUUGAGCUCAUGAAAACGCGCAGCAGCGGACUGAGAGCAGAAACAUGUCGGUGGAGACGACAGGCAGCGACGUGAGGAGAGCAGCGAGCAGCAGCAGACAGGAGGGCCCAGGAGGACUGUGGGACUCCGUGAAGAAAGCCGCGUUUGUCAUCGGAUCCGGCAUCUUAUUCUUGGCAGCGUUUGGCAACUCACUGACAUGGCACCUUCAGAGGUUCUGGGGAGCUUCAGGAGAUUUCUGGCAGAACUUGUGGACGAAGCUGUACGUGGCGUUCGAGGGUCAUGAUGCUGCUCUGUUCUUCUUGGGGACGAUGUUGCUUCCCACUCUGACGUUCUGGUUGUCAAAUGCUCUGCUGCUGUUGGUGGACAUAACCGGAAAACCCUCCUUCAUCACUCGCUACCGCAUCCAGGUGGACAAGAACAACCCGGUGGAUCCAGUGAAGCUCCGUCAGGCGUUGAAGACCGUCAUCUUCAACCAGGUCUUCAUCUCGGGUCCGAUGGUGGUGGCCGUUUACUACCUGAUGAGCUGGACAGGAAACCCCUGCGGCCCGGAGCUGCCCACCUUCCACUGGGCCCUGAUGGAGCUGGCCGCCUUCUCCAUCCUGGAGGAAGUUCUCUUUUACUAUUCACACAGGCUGUUCCACCAUCCCAGCCUCUACAAACACUACCACAAACAGCACCACGAGUGGACGGCGCCCAUUGGACUUGUCUCCAUCUACGCUCAUCCUCUGGAGCAUGUGAUCUCCAACAUGCUGCCAGUGGUGAUCGGGCCGGUGAUCCUCGGCUCCCAUCUGUCCUCCACCUCUCUGUGGUACUGCCUGGCUCUGGUCAGCACCACCAUCUCCCACUGUGGAUACCACCUCCCCUUCCUGCCCUCCCCAGAGUUCCACGACUUCCAUCACCUCAGGUUCAACCAGUGUUUCGGUGUUUUCGGCAUCCUGGACCGACUCCACAGCACCGACGCCAAGUUCAGACAAUCCAAACAGUACGAGCGUCACACUCUGCUCACCAGCUUCACCCCUCUGAACGAGAGCAUCCCCGACACCCCCAAGAAGGGCCAGUGACCAGCUGGGACCUCAGGGUGGAUGCAGGGAGACGGGGUUCCCAAACAACCUAAAAUAGAUUUUAAUCAUUUUAAUCUGAAAAAAAAAAAAAAAAAAAAAAAACCUGUUAGAGGCUGUGAAAGUUCUGCCAGAAGUUUGGUUGUUGCACAUUUAGCAGACAGACAGAUUUCAGUUGGUUUUAUUGUUUACUGUUGAUUUGGAGUCUUUUAAACUUUAUUUAUAUCUUCACAAGAUCUGAGCAGCAGAGCAGAGCAGUCGGUUGUUAAGGAUUAUUAUCUUGUAACAUCCCAUAAAAGUGGAAAUGUAAAAGCAUAUAGAAGCUCAAAUCAACCAUGAGAAGAAAGAAAAUAUAUAAUUAUAUCAAUAUAAUUUUAUUCCAAAUUGGAGGCGAAUUAAAGCCUUAAAGCAGCUCGUUUACCAGACAAGAUUAAACAUCUACUGGUUGCAUUUUAUCAAUAAAACUUCAGAUUUUUGUCAUUCUAAUCCUUCUUCUUACCAAGUUAAUUGAAACUGGAUGAGAAGGAACGAACCACUCCAAUUCUACUCGGUUUGAACGUUCAAAUGAAUUUUAAUCAUUUCAGAUUAAAGAUUCUGGUUUCAGUGGAACUUAAACAUCACGUGGUGAUAAAACACUUCAUCCUCUUUGUCCGUAAACUUGUUAAAAGUGAUGUCAUUGUGUUUGGAAGACGACCAUUAAACACGUUCUUACUUUAAUGUA